CUGACGAAAUUAUAUUCGCUGCGAGAUACGUCUCAUCAGUAAUUGCCCUAACAAACUGUAGGAUACGAAACGCAAUCGCAAGGAACGAUCCUCGAGAAGGCAUGUGCGAACGUGGUUUGCUCGCCAUUGUCGUCAUUGUAAUUUCGACAACACUAACAACCUCCAGCCACUCCUUACUCAUUGACGAUGAAAUAGUUGAACAAUGGUGCGAAAAACUCCGUGAUCCUGUGUCGAACCCACCGCCUCAUGCGUUCCACUUCGCCCGCGUUGUACAACGUCUGAAUGAAAGUUUGAAAAGCGCAGUCCAGCUUGAAGAACUUUCCCGAUUAUACAACAGAACCGACAGCUUUUCAAGCAAUCAAACUGAAGCAGCCUUCGCUGCCGUCUGCAGACAGCUCUACAAACAAAUGAAGCAUCUACCCAACAGCAAGGCUUUUUAUUCAGGAUUCAUUCAUAGUAUACUCAAUAUCCGCCCAAAAGUUUGGGCCGCCUCUCUCAUCGCAAUCUUAGUCAUCAGCAUGGUUGGGCUGUUGGGUGUCAGCGUGGUCCCACUGGUACAAAAGGUGUUUUUCAAUGAAGUGAUACAGUAUCUGGUGGCCGUAGCAGUUGGGACGCUUACUGGAGACGCAAUGCUUCACCUGAUCCCUCACGCAAUUUCUGUCGGUGGACAUGACCAUGAAACGCCCGGUGAACGACAGUCAGACACUGAAAAAAUGUCUGUGUACAAAGGACUUGUGGCCCUUGGUGGUGUAUACUUCUUUUUCAUGGCAGAGAAAACGCUCGGGUUCGUGUCUGAGUACCGCGCAGAGAAAAAAUUGGAGGAGGAGGAUCGAAAACGCGCAAUGGAACAUCCUCGCCGCCACACAGAUGUUAGACGUUUGAGCGCGUUUCGCCCCUCGCUGAUUCCAGGGACACUUGGUGUUCCAGGCCAACAGAGACGGAUUUCGCAACUGGACCCGUCAGUGUGCCGUAGAGCGUCUCGAGCGUUGUCUCUAGUGAACGAGGAUAUCAUGACUACAGGGUUAACUAGUAAAGCCAUGCGAUCGAUUGAUAUUCUGUACCGAUACGCUGAAGAGGACGCACAAAAAGAUGAGCAGAUUUCUGAACCUGGCACAGACGAUGAAGGCACAACGACCAUUCACCUUCCCGUUCCCACGGAAAUUGCAAGACUGUUAGAUGGAUCCGAUACAUCACUGUCCUCGAAGAAGAACGACACGUCACUCCGCGUGCCAAAAAUAUUGUUUGCAGUGGAUCAGGGAGAGGAUCACACUUCUGAGCAUUUUGCAAAAGACGAAAAGAAACCGGCUGAACCCAACGAAGGGAAUGGCAGUGAAAGGAAACACGGACACGGUCACUCUCAUAAGGUUCCCGGUUCAGUUGCCUCCGUGGCCUGGAUGGUCAUACUUGGUGAUGGCUUGCACAAUUUCACGGACGGAAUGGCCAUCGGUGAGUGA